CUCAUCUCCAAACCAUUUUUCUGCUCCUUUCUCAACUGAGCUGCAAAAGCAGUUAUGGAGGUAGCGACAAUGGCUUCCCACUUCUUCCCCAGCGCACGCAUAGUUUCAAAAACCAAUUCACGAAGUAAUCGAACUGUACCCGCUUCUUUAUCAUCUUCUAAUUCGUCUAUUAAAGCUUCCUUAUCCACCAAUUUUACCUCCCCGUUCGUCGGCAGCAGUAUUUCCAGCGACUUCUCCGGUCAGAAGAUCCGACCUGCAUCCCUCAACCCGUCUUUAAGCUCUCAUGGAAAACGACUCGGUGUUACCAUGGUGAUUCCUUUCUCAAGGGGAAGUGCUUGGGAACAACCACCUCCAGAUUUAGCAUCUUAUUUAUACAAGAACAGAAUUGUGUAUUUGGGUAUGUCUCUAGUCCCCUCUGUAACUGAACUCAUAUUGGCAGAAUUUCUUUACCUUCAAUACGAGGAUGACAAAAAGCCCAUAUACCUUUACAUAAACUCUACUGGAACUACCAAGGGUGGUGAAAAAGUUGGGGUAUGA